UGAUGGGGCUGGCGGCACCUUGGCGGUGUGUGGGUGUCACUGGCAUGUGGACGGGCAACCUCCUGCUGCCCUGCCCACCAGGAGCCGUGGCCCCAGCUUCCUGAGGCCCACCAAAGUGCCCUGGGGCAGGAGACUGAGGCUGGGGGGCCAGGGGCCCCUGACGACAUGCAAGGAAAGCAGCAGGAGACACAGGGAAAUGAGUGGGGCUCAUCUUCCCUAAUUGUGCUGCCUUCAUCCCCUGCGUGGAUGUAGCCAAAGGAGGGAGAUUCUGGGUGACCUGAUUUCUGGGGGGUGGGGACAAGAACAAGGCCUGGACCAUGGACUUCGCUGGCCAUCUCCCCCAGUUGUGACACAGCUCUUGGGGUGCUGGCAGGAGCUUCUGAAUCCUGGUUCUGACAGGCCCAGAGCAGGCUCAGGGUGGAUCCCGUCACCUUGCCCUGGGGUGGGGGGAUCUCCAUGGGAAUGGGAGCCAGGAGUUCUGGCAUUCAACUCCACAGAGGGGGUGUGACCCAGAACAGUCCGGCCCCUCCCUGGACCAAGGCCUCAAAUACCCGCCCAUGCCCAGGCACCAGAGCUGUUGUCAGACCAAGUUCUUGUGGUCUGACCUGUGCCACGAACACUCCCAGCCUGGACCUCAGAGCUCUACCUGGAUCUAGGUCCCAAGCCUCUGAUACCACCCCACCCACAUCUCAGCCCUCCUGCUCCUCGCAAUGGACGGGCCCCGGGCUCUACUGGCUGCGCUCUGGGCGCUGGGAGCCGCCGGGGCAGCGGCGCUGCGCAUUGGAGCCUUCAACAUCCAGAGCUUCGGCGACAGCAAAGUGUCAGACCCUGCCUGCGGCAACGUCAUCGCGCAAAUCCUGGCUGGCUAUGACGUCAUGCUCGUGCAGGAGGUGCGAGACCCGGACCUGAGCGCCGUAUCUGCGCUUUUGGAGCAGAUCAACAGCGUGUCUAGGCACAAGUACAGCUUCGUGAGCAGCGAGCCUCUGGGGCGGGACCAGUACAAGGAAAUGUACCUGUUCGUCUACAGGAAGGACUCGGUGUCGGUCGUGGACACGUACCAGUACCCAGACCCGGAGGACUCCUUCAGCCGCGAACCUUUCGUGGUCAAAUUCUCAGCCCUCGGCUCGGCUGCCAAGGAGUUGGUGCUGGUCCCGCUGCAUGCGGCGCCGCACCAUGCAGUAGCGGAGAUCGACGCUCUCUACGACGUGUACCUGGACGUGAUUGACAAGUGGGGCACUGACGACAUGUUGUUCCUGGGCGACUUCAAUGCCGACUGCAGCUAUGUGCGGGAGCAGGACUGGGUGGCCAUCCGCCUGCGCAGCAGCGAGGUCUUCAAGUGGCUCAUUCCGGACAGCGCCGACACCACAGUGGGCAACUCGGACUGUGCCUAUGACCGCAUCGUUGUCUGCGGAGCCCGCCUGCGUAAGAGCCUGAAGCCCCAGUCGGCUGCUGUGCAUGACUUCCAGGAGGAAUUCAGCCUGGACCAGGCUCAGGCCCUUGCCAUCAGUGACCAUUUUCCUGUGGAGGUGACUCUCAAGGUCCACUGACAGGCCCGAGGCCUGGCCAGAGCACACUGCCUGCAGACUGGCCAUGAGGUACCGCCCCACAGGACUUCUUCCGGGUGGCAGGCCAACCCCCAACAAGGCCGCAGAGCAGGGUCGGCUGGCCCUGGACAAGUGGCCAUUGACAUGUAUGGGACCACUGAGCCUGUUUCCCUAUCUGUAAAAUGGGCUACCACCACCUACCUCACAGGAGUAUGAGGAGCACCCCAGAGUGCUGGGCAUAGCUGUGCUCAAUAAAUGUGCGUGAGCACUCGGCCAGGACCACAUACAGGUUGGCUCAGAGGCCUCUGUGUCCUUUCUUAGCACUCAGCCCUACUGCAGCACAAACCCGUCCUGUAGUCUGGCAGGUCCAUUAGGGAACAGGCACAGCCUGGCCUGUCAAUUUCACAUCUUGCUGGGAACUGCCACACCAAACCACUGAAAAUGUUUCCAAGAACUUGUACUGAGUGCAGUGGGGAUCAGCAGUUACACACAGGGACAGUGUUGAUGUGCAAGGCUAAUCUCCCAGCCGGAUGUCUCUCCUGUAGGACGCCUCAGGCACUGGUCUGUAUCAUAGGUCCUGCAUUGCCCAGCACUGCAAGGGUUAAGGCCCUGCCCACAGAACUCGCACACCUCCCGGUGUACAUCUCUUCCUGGGUAGCGGCAGAGGUGGUCUGUCCCUGGGUAGGUUCCUCCUCAGGGGCCCUGGGCUUGGACAGGACAGUGGCCUUUGUCCCUGGUAAGCCCUGAGGCCUGAGGAUAGGGAACAAGCAAAGCUGGGGCACACGGCAUAACUGAUGGGCUUGAUGAAGUUUCUGGUUUUUGAAACAUCAUAUGUCUGGCAGGAUUUGGGAACUGUCCUGAAUUGUAUGGGAGGAAAAGCCUUUGUUUCAAGUUUGAGCAAGUUUUUCUUGCGAAAUUUUUCUAAAAUAAGAUCUAGGAUACUCACAGCAUAGGACACCUCUCAAGGAAUGCCUCCCUUGUCCCUCUCCAAGUUCCCCCGAUUUCUCUAAAUUGUUAUAUACACUCCCACUCCCCAUCUAAGUGAAAUGUGGUGGCCGGAGGGCUUUUCUUGGGGCGGGGGAUCUUGUACGGAUCAUCAGGGACCCUGGCUGCCUGGCUUCCAGCAAUCGGACAAUCCAGUGAUCAGAGAUGGGACAGCCCGAGGACUUUAUUCAUGAUUCUUCUUUAGGAAAGGAAAUACUCAGUGGUGACAAUGCUGAGGUCCAAUGCGGCCCCACCUGCCAGUUCAUGAUUCCCAAACCCAGACACUGCCUACCAACCCCACCCAGCCCACCUGCCAGGCAGAAAAGGCACUGGUGGGUGGUGGUGGGCCUCAGGCACUACCUACAA